AUGAGGAAUAGGGCCACUACGCCGUUGAGCAAGCCUAAAAUCCGACAAUCAUGGAGCAAAUAUAACCUAUUCAACCUGCAGCGCCUGCGUAACCCCCCAACCGGCAGCAAAACAUUUUUCCAACAAAAAUGGACGGCCAAGUCCAUGGCCAGAUCAUACCAUGGUGAACAAGUCCGUGAGAGCCAAUGGGCGCGCAUGUUCUCCCGCCGCAUCCGCAGCGUCGUGCCGAUGAGCCCAGCUAGAUUAGCCCAGGAUGACGGCUCCGGGAUGUCCGCUGGUCGUGGAGCGGGUGUAGAGGGUACCAGGGACUUCCCUCGAUUAACACCCUUUACACAGAUGACGUUUGCUCCUCUGGAGCGUCGAUUGGAUGUGGCUAUCUUUCGAGCUAUGUUUGCUAGCAGUGCUAGACAGGCUCGGCAGUUUGUUGUUCACGGUGCGGUGACGGUUAAUGGGAAGCAGAUGAGAUACCCCGGUUACCUCCUCAACCCUGGCGAUCUUUUCCAGGUCGACCCCGAGCGUGUCAUGUAUGCAACUGGUGCCCCUAAAGAUAAGCAUGAACGUCGAGAGGGGCGUGUUGCCCGGAAAAAGUCGGCAGAGUCGCAAGAAGUGGAGGCGGAGGCGAAGGAGGAGGGUGCUGCGGAAGAGUCGGUAGAGAACAAGGAAGCCGAGUCUGAGGAACAGAGCCAGACGAAGGAGAAUGACGAUCCACGGGAAACUCUAAAGGCCCUGCUGGCCCAGGCCAAGAAUAUCAUGGCCGGCAGUAAGGAUGUGCUCCCCGCGAAGCGCAAGCAGGAACUGCGUGGAUUCCAGAAGGCCGUCAAACGUGUCCUCUCUCGCUCCGAUUCAAGCACCGUUCUCGCCGACAACCUUGAAUCGCAGUUUUCUGAGCUCAUUACCCUCCUCAAGGCCAAGCCUGCGGAGAAGAAAGACACUAAGCGCUCUAAGCGUGAUCAGUCUUCCGACGACGAGACUAAGAACGUUUCCGAGUCCGCAUCCGAAUCUGCUACUGCCAGUGAAUCCCAGCCCGGAGAGGCCUUGACUGAGGCUUUCCGACAGGCCGCCGAGAACCCCGAGGAAGAAGUUGACACCUCGGAACUUACAGACGAGGAGUUUGAUGUGCUCAAGCGGGCUCUCGUCCAGAUGCGUGACAACCCCAUCGACAGCACAAAGCCCUACGCCACCCCCUGGAGGCCCCGCGAUUACAUGAGCGCUUUCGCCUUCAUCCCCCGAUACCUCGAGGUCAACCACAACAUCUGCGCAGCGGUCUACCUGCGCCAUCCGGUGGCUCGUCCUGGUUACUCGGAGGUGCCGACACCGUUCGGUGAGCCCGUUGGUACAGCCGCUUUCGCCUGGUACCUGAGACGGCGGUAG